AUGGCUGAAACUAGUGUCACUUCCGUCAUAAAAGGUCAGCCAAAUGUUGAGUCUGAGAACGAGAUUUGCCAUGAAGAGUAUAAACAAUACGGCCAAGAAUAUAAGGAUCUGCUCAAAUCUCUUCGCAGAGAGAAGGGUUGGGCUUUCCCAAACAUUUAUCUCCAUGAAGACAUGUGGUAUGCCACACGAAGUGACCACCAUCCUUUGCUCAUUUCCAAUGCACAUGAGCUUGUUCCUUUCAUAGAGUUAAAUUACUAUGCAAAUAACAACCAAAUUCCUGAUCUAUCUAACCUGCCUGAACCAAGAAUUUUUUGUACACGUGUUCCGUUUCAUUCGUUGCCUGAUUCCAUUACCAAAUCCAAAUGCAAGAUGAUUUAUAUAUGUCGAAACCCAUUUGACCAGUUUGUUUCUUUGUGGCUUUCCAUGAACAAAAUUGCACCACCAUCUUUACCAAAAUUAUCAUGUGAGGAAGCAUUUGAGAGAUGCUGUAUCGGAGUCCACGAGGCUGGCCCAUUUUGGACGCAUAUGUUGGGUUAUUGGAGAGAGAGUAGAAAAACACCUUCCAAGGAUCUAUUUUUAAAGUAUGAAGAUCUGAAAGGAGAUAUCGAAUUUCACUUGUUGAAGGGAGCAGCUGAGUUCUUGGAAUGCCCUUUCACUUCAGAUGAGGAAACUAAUAGAGUUAUUAAAAACAUAGCUGAGCUAUGUAGCUUUGAGAAGAUGAAGGAAGUAUAA